GAUUGAAGCGAACAUUCAAAGCGCGCAGAACCCAGAGAAACGCAAAAAUCGUCAUAAAAGAACCCGAAAAGACGAGAUUUCAAGAUUCGCCAAACGAGACAGAUUCAGUGAGAACAAAAGUGCAGUAAAGAUUCGAAAACAGAAACGCAAAAUGAACCACAACAGCAUAGCCCACCUGCUGGGAUUGGGAAUGGUCCUGUUAAUGAUGUGGAAGCCCACACCCACGGCAAGCUACGCAGUGGGACAGUUGAAGUACGGGAGGAUCGAGAAGUUCCCCUACCAGGUGAUGCUCAUCGGAAAGCAGCUGUGGCGCAAACGGAUUCUGUGCGGCGGCACUCUGCUGGACAGGCGUUGGAUCCUAACAGCUGGCCAUUGCACCAUGGGCGUGACGCACUUCGAUGUGUAUCUGGGCACCAAGAGCGUGGAGGAUGUGGAGCAGUCGGGCGGAUUGGUGCUGCGUUCCAGCAAGUUCAUCGUCCACGAGCGAUUCAGUCCGGAGACGGCGGCCAAUGACAUUGCCUUGGUCAAGCUGCCGCAGGAUGUGGCAUUCACGUCACGGAUUCAGCCCGCCUCGCUGCCAAGCAGAUAUCGACAUGAGCAGUUCGCGGGCAUGAGCGUGGUGGCCAGUGGAUGGGGCGCCAUGGUGGAGAUGACCAACUCGGACUUGAUGCAGUACACCGAGCUGAGUGUGAUCUCGAAUGCGGAGUGCGCCCAGGAGUACGAUGUGGUCACGGCGGGAGUGAUCUGUGCCAAGGGUCUGAAGGAUGAGACAGUGUGCACUGGUGACUCUGGCGGUCCUCUCGUCUUGAAGGACACCCAGAUGGUGGUGGGCAUAACCAGUUUCGGACCCGCCGAUGGAUGCGAAACCAACAUUCCCGGCGGAUUCACCCGCGUGACGCACUAUCUGGACUGGAUCGAGAGCAAGAUUGGUGGCCAUAGCCCGGCACAUCAGCAGUACCAACAGCCACAUCAGCAUCACCAUCAGUACAGUGAUAACAAUCUCAUUUAAGAUGUCUCCCUGGGGAUCAACCCACCACUGACUGAAUCUUUAUAGCUUUAUGUUUUUAAAGAAAUUCUCCAAUCUUGUGAUAUCUCGUAGCUCUCAUUGUUGAUAGCUUUAACUAUUUAAUCAUCUAUAUUUAUUUUAGUUGUAAGAGUGGCAGCGGCAGAUGCAAAUCAAGCCGCAAACAAAAGGAGAGCAACAAAUGUUUGCGAAAUAUAGAGAAAUUGUAUACGCAGAAAUAAAAACAAAAAUCAA